AUGGAGGCCGCCUCCUCCAGCGCAGAAGCCCUGCUGGAGCUGCAGCGGCACCUGUGCACGGAGACAGAGCCAAGCAAGCUCUACCAAACCCUCCAGAAACUCUCUUCCCUGCCCAAGCUCCGUGACACCCUGGCACAGAUGAACUUCGAGCAGACCAUGGAGCUCUUGAGGAAAGAGCAGCUCCUGGUCCCCUUCGCCAAGGACUUAGCGGCCAUUUGGUCAGAGAGGUCCCAGUUGGAGCCCCAUCCUGAGCCGGACCGGGGGGACUUUGCCUUCGCCUUGAGCCUGAUGACGUUGCGGCCCAGAAACUGUCCAGAAGACAAGCCCCGGGAGCCACAGCUAGCUGCACAGAAGCGGGUGCCUGUGGCAAAGCCCCGAGGAAGUAGAGAGGAGCCCUGGCGCUUCCAAGUGGCCAAGGCCAUCUCCAGCGAGUCAGGUGCUGGGGGAAAGACUCCAGGCCACUGGAUGGAGGAAGGGGCCCCAGCUGAUCCUUUGGAGGCCUGCCUCAACUCUCACAGCUCUCCUCCUUCCUCUGCUCUGCAGCUGCAGCUGACUGGGUGCAAGGGGAGGGGAAAAAGCACCCUGAAAGCUGAGGAGGCCCUUAGCCCUGGAGCCAAGGUGCCCCUUGGCAAGUCUCCGAGUUGCCAAGAUCCCAACGACACUGGCGUCCUCGCUGGGCAUCCCCUUGCACAAGAGGCUUCCAGUCUCCAAGAUGGCUUCCCGCUGGGUGGCCCGGAGCACUCUUCCUUGCACACUGACCAAGACUUGGUCUUGGCUUGGGUGCGCAGGACCCACUUCAAGACGCCAGUCUAUUCGGGUCGUGCACCUGCCAGGCUCCUGCAGAACUCGCAGCGAGGGCGCCUUGCUGAACCCCUUGACUGCCCCUGGAAAACUGGCUGCCAAGACGCAGCGGAAGAAAGUGAGCCCUGGCAGCAAGGGGAGGAGUCCCGUCACCAGACACAGACACACAGGGGCAAGGCAAUGCACACCAAGACUGCCAGCGCCACAGUCCUCCAGCUGCAGGAGUCUCCUGAGCUGAGGCUGCAAGCUCUGAGAGCCCGCCUCCAAGGCGCGCAAGCCAAGAAGCCCGGAGGCCGCCAAACCAAGAUGAUAGCCUUCCAGGCUCAAGGUUCAAGACUCUGCCCAGGCCAGCAGGCAGAGUCUGCAGCCCGAGGGGCCGCCUCCUCCGAAAUGAGCAGCCGCCAGGAGGCCUCUGCCCAGCGCCCGCCACGGAGGGCUCCCUGCAACAAGAGCCAGCCUAAGAAGAGACCUGCCCCGCUCAUGGCCAAGGUCCUCAGGGAUUACAAGAAGAAGCUCUCUCGGAGGUGA